AUGAAGUUGGUGUUCAUAUAUUUAGUGGGAUUAUCUUUGAGACUACUAGUUGCAGCUACUGUUAAUGUGGAAAGUGUCAAAGUGUGUUUUACACAUAUGAACAGCAUAGGAGGAUACCCUAAAGAAGGUUCUUACGAAAUGGUCAAAUUGAUCUUGGACCAAAAUUGCACACAUAUCAUAGGAAACCUAAUCCUUACUGGUCUUUACCGGAAAGCUGAUGGAUCUGAUCCGGACUUGAGUUUUUUGAAAUCAAUUCAAGAAAUAUCUGGUUACUUGAUUAUAAUGCAUUCAAAUGUAAAUAAUAUACCGUUGUCUAAUUUACGAGUUAUACGAGCAAAUAAUGGAGGCUAUAAAAUACGCGAUGAAUUAGAUUUUGCAGCUCUAAUAAUCCGAAAGAAUUAUAAAGAUGGAGAAACUCUGAAACACGUUGAUUUACAUAACUUGAAAUCUAUAGUUCGUGGUAGCGUUUAUAUAUACGAUAAUCCUGGACUUCAGUAUUUGCCGGACAGUAUCCACUGGACUGAAUUAUUUGAAAGUGUUGGAGAACAGAACUUUUACAGUCAUAAGUUGAUUCAAACAAACAGUUAUGGAGACAAAAAUAUCACUAUUGAUCUACAUCUAUAUGAACACAAUCCAUAUGACAUUGAACCAGAGCCAGUAUCAGCUAAUGUGAAGUCAUCCUGCUCCAAACUUUGCCCAAAGAUAAACAACAACACAUAUUGUUGGGGCCCAUCUCUGUCAGACUGUCAACACCAAUCUAAAUGUCAAAAUUUAUUAUGUAAUCGGUGUUUAAGAAUACGAAAUUCAUAUUCAUGCUGUCACGAACAAUGUCUAGGAGGGUGUACUGGACCUUUAGCUUCACAAUGUGUGAGUUGUAAAGAAUAUUAUAAUUCUGGCACAUGUGUUGCACACUGUCCAUCUAGAACAAUAAUUCAUGAAGGCAAGUUAAUUUCGAAUCCUGAGUUCAAGUACCGCUUGGGAAAUCUAUGCUUAUCGGUUUGUCCAGAUGGAUUCAUGGUUGAAGGUGAUGUAUGUGUGACUCAUUGCUCUACAGGUAGUAUGAGUACAGAUGGACGUGUAUGUCUUCCAUGUCAAGAUAAAUGUCCAAAAUCCUGUAAAAUCACUGAUAAGGAAACGAAAAAUGGACGUAAAAUGAGUAAUUUUGAUUUAAGAAAUUUAAAUCAAUUAGUUAACUGUACUAUACUAGAAGGUAAUUUGAUCCUAACAAAAGAAUCAUUUAAUCCAAGUUCUGAUCUAACCGAUCAUAUCCCAAUCACAGAUCAUCGUCAAUUAUGGGCUUUACAUUCAUUAAGAGAAAUAACUGGUUAUAUAUAUUUAGAUUUGGAAUUACUUGGAGAUAGUCUGAGAAAUCUUAGUUUUCUUGAAAAUCUUGUGAAAGUCAGUGGUUAUCUACCUUCUGCACGAGUGAGUAUAAUGAUUAUAAACAGUAAGGCUCAUUUUCCUGGAUUAAGAAGCCUUCGACAGGUUCCACAUGGAAGAGUUAUAUUCCAUCAAAACCCCAACUUGUGUUAUUUAUCCUCACUGCCUUGGACUAAUUCAGCACACUCAAGUAUCUUUAGCACACUGAAUCAAACAAAUUCGAUGGAAAUUACUGUUAUUGAUGGUCCAAGUGACAACUAUUGUGAAUCUCUUAACUACGUGUGUCAUCCUGCAUGCAAGAAGGAGUAUGGAUGCUGGGGACCAGGACCAGAUCAGUGUGUUCGCUGCUCAUAUCGUAGAGCGGGAUUAUAUACAUGCGUUCAAUCAUGUAGUAACUUAACAGGAUAUAUGUCUGAACAAUGGGAAAAACAACUCCAAAUGUCUAACAAGAAGAAUGACUAUUUUGGCAAUUCUCUGACUAAAAAUUUUCACCUAAAUUACCAUACAGCAGAAACUGAGUAUGUUUGUGUCCCGUGUCAUCCAGAGUGCGGCAAAUCCUGUACAGGACCUGGUGCUCAUGAGUGUAUUGGAUCAUGUAAAACAGCUUGGUCAGAAGGUCGGUGUGUUUCAGAAUGUCAUUCAAACACUUAUCUAAAUAUAGACAGAAGAAUUUGUGAGCCAUGUCAGACACAUUGUCAUCAACGUCAGUUAACAAAACAGCCGGUAUGCACUGGUCCUGGUCGUCAUCCAGGAAAAGGAGGGUGUAAUAAAUGCGAGAAAUUUGUUGUACAGUCACAUUUCAAUCAGAUGAAUACGGAAAUAUCAGGUUAGUUUAAUUUAUACUAGAUAGUUUUUUUACCUAAUAUUUCUGAACAAUAUGCAUCAGAAUUAAUGAUAUUUGGUCCGUUAACUGAACAUUCAUCCCAAUAGCUUUUAGAGCGUUUGGGCCUAUGUCAUGAACCAAUACUGGUUGAUAACCAUUUGAAAGAAUAACAUGUGAUACCGAAUCUUAGUUAUAUUUCUCCUAAUCCACUGAUUUAACUUAAGACUGUUUCAAGCACUAUCUGAAGCAGCAUCUGAAGAUAAGAUUUAUUAAAUUCGAACCGUAAUCAUACCAUAGAUUAUGCUUUUCUGUUCACAGGAAUGAGAAUUUAAUAUGCUAAUUGCUAAACCACUCGAAAAGAUUAGUACUUUUGUGGUGUGUGCUAUUGAUGUUGAUAGAUAUAAGUAGUAUGUAUCAUCAGUCGAAAGUGAAGUACCUGGCAGCAAAAGAUUAAGAAAACCGAUGAAAAGAGGACAAGAACAUUGAAAGAUGGCUGUUAAAAAUCAAGAAACAGUAAAGUUUGAGAUGAUUUAUUGACAUUUUGCAAAUUAAGUAUUUACUGUAUGGUUUUCAGAUUUUACUAAGAUGUUCUGUAAUUCGAUUGUCUCCCCUUAUGUUCCCAUUCACUACACUUUGAUUAUUUCAAUAAAUAAUUUUCCAGUUGCUGCAACUUCAGAAAAAUGAUAACCACAUACAACAAACUUUAUUCAAAAUGAUGGUUGGC